CCCGGAUGCCUUCCGGCCCAGUCUCCGUCUGCUUGGCCUCCAUGUCGGUUGCCACUCCCUCGGUAUCUCUCGCCUUGGCCUCUCCGCCUCUCUCUGAGGCGGUUGAGGGUUGUGACGUGGACCAAGGCCCGAUCCGUCUGGAGCCGUCGCCCUUGGGAUCUCGCCUCCCAACCCACUUUCGAUGGCUCUGCACUCCUCUGCACUACGUCGACUCCGUCCAUUGCAGAGCAGAAGUCCCCAUGCGGCGUUCCGUGCCAUGCCCGUCUCGUCGGCGGAAAAGUGGGCGCGCCCCUCGGUAGAAAAAACCACACUGAUGGCCAUGCCACAUCCGGGCCCCUCC